AUGCAUGCCCACUUGGAACGUAUUAAGCAUAUCCAGCAAGAAAUGCACAAGUUACAGUCCAGAUCCGAGCGAUUGAAACAAGCUCUCAAAAAGGAGAUAAAGGAAUUUCAAAAUCAAACUGAAGUAACUGACAAAAAAUCAAAAGAAUUGAUUAAAAAAGCGAAGGUAGAGAUUGCCCCUAGUAUUUGUCUCAAACUCAUUCUUGGCAUCCAUGAACUCAAACUCCCUGAACGCGCCCGUCAUGCCUACAAAUCCGACUAUGAAACCUUAAAAAUGACUUCUACUCUUUUUGUGACCGUUUUAACAGCGGCUAAUCUAGUCCUUUUCCGUAGUAAGCUUAUGGAUACGUUGCAGAUUCUCAUUCAUAUGUACAUAUACUCGACUUUAACCAUUCGCGAACAUAUUCUGAUUAAUAAUGGUAGUAAUAUAAAAAGAUGGUGGUUGGUUCACCAUUAUAUCUGUAUUGUUAUUUCUGGGAUGAUGUUGUCCUGUCCUGAUGGUCCUUUUAAACAGAUAAGAACGGUUAUUUUGAAGUUUUUGUUUUUGUUAUCAAUCUCACAGGUAGUUCAGUAUCAGUACCAAAGAAGAAGACUUUAUGUACUUAGGUCUUUGGAAAAAGCUGAUCCCUUAGAAACUACUAGUGAUGUAAUGAGUGCCUCUUUAUCAGCUAAUUUUGGAGUUGUCUCUUUGGUUUUAGUUGGCUUCCAAAUUAUUCAACUUUAUGUGGCCUACUAUCUUUAUACUUUACAUUGUCAAUACCAAUGGCGACAUUAUCAGCCACUAGUUGGUGCUUUAUUGAUUGCUACAAUGGCUAUUGGUAAUGCAGUAACUAUUAUCUAUACUUUCUACAAGAAGUUAGCUAUGCGCCGUACGGCUUAG